AUGGUGCUUUCUUGCUGGGCUUCUUUAUCCGAUAUAUAUAUAUAUAUAUAUAUAUAUAUAUAUAUAUAUAUAUAUAUAUAUAUAUUUCUUUUCCUUUUUUGUUGUUGUGCAUGUGAGCUCUGCGUAGUCGUGCGUGUUGGUUGGGAAGUUAUUUGGUUUGCGCAUUUUUUAUUAUUAUUAUUUUUUUAUGCGUGCUUGAUAAUGGUGACGAUUCGUUACGCCCUUGUGGCAUCCGCAGAGGGGGUCCCUUUAGCCGAUUUCCAGGCGGUGCCGAGCAUGCAUGCUGGAGGAGCCAAAAAGAUACUUGCGAACAUCAAAGGGCCUCUUGUUGAGAGGAAAUGUGUCACCUUCAAUGGCUACUCCUACGACAUACUGCCCCACAGGGACGGGACGGUGUACAUGUGCGUGACGGAGGAGUCUUGCAGUCGUGCAACCGCCUUGAAAUUUUUGGAAGCUGCUCGAAAGCACUGUAACUCUCGGAGUAAAAACCCUGUUGUUCUAGCUGCCGAGUUAAGGAAGGAAGUGGAGAUGUUUAACAAUACACUGAAUACUAAAAUACGUGAUAUUCGUUCCGACGUUGAGAAGGUUCGGGGGGAAAUGAUCACAAAUGUCGAUAAACUGCUGGACCGUGCGGAUCGAAUUGAUGCGUUAUUAUUACAGUCUUCUGCGCUGGAGGGAGAGUCCUCGGCAUUCCGACAGAACACAAGGACUCUGGAGCGCCAAUAUCUCUGUCACCGUAUUCUUAUCUAUGUAUUCAUUGCUUUCGUUGUGCUGGUUUUGCUUUUUGUCAUUGUUCUCGCUGCAUGUUCACGGGAUGGGGUCAACUUUAAUCGCUGCAAAAGAAAUUGA